AUGGCAUUCAAGAGUUCGCCUGUGAGAUUUCAGAUCAAACGGAUAAAAACUCAUGGAGAUAUUGUAUUUUUACGUUUUAGUUCAGUUAGAUGUUUCUACGUUUUUGAUAAAAGUGAUGAAAAAAUCACGGACUUUUGGACCACUAUAGCAAUAGAAGCUUGA